GGGGUGCACUACUGAGCCGGAGGGCGGGGCUUGGAGUCAGGAGGCGGUGCCCGGGAACGGGGGGGGGGCGGAGCCCGAGGCCGCCGGCGCCGACGCCUCCGCCCCACGGGCUGCCGGGAGUUCGGCCCCGGCCCCCGCUCCGCUUCUCCCGGCUCCGCUCCCGCCUGUCUGUGUCUGCGCCGGCCGCUGCCGAUAAAGUUGUUGUUCUGCCAACAUGGCGGCGCCCAUGGUGACCGGCCGGCCCGUGUUCGCUUAAAGGUGGGAAUUGAGGCGUGAGGAGCCGCAGGCCAGAGCCUGUGAGCAGGGCCUUCCCACCUUCUGGAGAAUGGCUUCUGCUUGGCGGAGACUGGGUUUCUAUGUCUGUUUCCUGGAAAGCAAGCUAAAUGGUGGGCCAGAUAUCAUCAGCAGAGGAAGGAGAGUAAUCCCGGGAUGUGCCAGAGGUAUUUACAGUGCCACGGGGACGUGGACGAAAGAGUACACGUUGCAGACGAGGAAGGAUGUCGAGAAUUGGUGGCAUAAACGAAUAAAAGAAGAAACCUCCAAGAUAUCAGAAGCUGAUAAAUCAAAGCCCAAGUUUUACGUGCUUUCCAUGUUCCCUUACCCUUCCGGAAAGUUGCACAUGGGCCACGUGCGCGUAUACACCAUCAGCGACACCAUUGCACGGUUCCAGAAGAUGAGAGGGAUGCAGGUCAUCAACCCCAUGGGAUGGGAUGCGUUUGGACUGCCUGCCGAAAAUGCAGCAAUCGAGCGGAAUCUACAUCCAGAAAGUUGGACGCAAAGUAAUAUUAAACACAUGAGGAAGCAGCUUGAUCGGCUGGGCCUGUGCUUCAGCUGGGAUAGGGAAAUAACUACAUGUUUGCCAGAUUACUACAAGUGGACUCAGUAUCUCUUUAUUAAACUUUAUGAGGCUGGACUGGCCUAUCAAAAGGAGGCCUUGGUCAACUGGGACCCAGUGGAUCAAACGGUGCUUGCCAACGAGCAGGUGGAUGAGCAUGGCUGUUCGUGGCGUUCUGGAGCAAAGGUGGAACAGAAGUACCUCAGACAGUGGUUUAUUAAGACAACUGCUUAUGCAAAGGCCAUGCAGGACGCGCUGGCAGACCUUCCAGAAUGGUAUGGAAUAAAAGGCAUGCAGGCCCACUGGAUCGGGGACUGUGUGGGCUGCCAUCUGGACUUCACAUUGAAGGUGGAUGGGCACGUCACGGGAGAAAAGCUGACGGCCUACACGGCGACCCCCGAGGCCAUUUACGGCACCUCCCACGUCGCCAUCUCUCCCAGCCACAGACUCCUGCACGGGCACAGCUCUCUGAAGGAAACCUUUCGGAAGGCACUCGUCCCUGGCCAAGACUGCCUCACGCCCGUGACGGCCGUGAACAUGCUCACCCAGCGGGAGGCCCCUGUCGUUAUCUUGGCCAAAGCUGACUUUGAGGGCUCUCUGGAUUCCAAAAUAGGAAUUCCCAGCACCAGCCCAGAGGACGCCAGCUUAGCCCAAACCCUGGGCCUCCCCUACUCCGAAGUCAUCGAGACUUUGCCGGAUGGCACAGAGAGACUCCGCAACUCUGCUGAGUUCACAGGCAUGAACCGGCAGGACGCGUUUCUAGCCUUGACCCAGAAAGCCCGGAGGAAGAGAGUCGGUGGAGACGUGACGAGUGACAAACUGAAGGACUGGCUGGUCUCGCGACAGCGGUACUGGGGCACGCCCAUCCCCAUGGUCCACUGCCCGGCCUGUGGCCCCGUGCCGGUGCCUCUGCAGGAUUUGCCCGUGACCUUGCCCCACAUCACAGCUUUUACCGGCAAGGGAGGCUCCCCCCUGGCCACGGCUUCGGACUGGGUGAACUGCGCCUGCCCGAGGUGCAGGGGAGCCGCCAAGAGAGAGACAGACACAAUGGAUACCUUUGUUGAUUCUGCUUGGUACUACUUUAGAUAUACCGACCCGCAGAAUGCUCACAGCCCUUUUAACGCCGCCUUGGCAGAUUACUGGAUGCCUGUGGAUUUGUACAUCGGAGGGAAGGAACAUGCUGUCAUGCACUUGUUCUACGCGAGAUUCUUCAGUCAUUUUUGCCAUGAUCAAAACAUGGUCAAGCACAGAGAGCCUUUUCAUAAGCUGCUGGCCCAAGGCCUUAUCAAGGGGCAGACAUUCCGCCUGCCGUCUGGACAAUAUCUACAGAGAGAGGAAGUAGAUCUCACAGGGUCUGUUCCUGUUCACGCAAACACGAAGGAGACGGUGGAGGUGACGUGGGAGAAGAUGAGCAAGUCCAAACACAACGGGGUGGACCCCCAGGAGGUCGUAGGGCGUUACGGCAUCGACACCAUCCGGCUGUACAUCCUCUUCGCCGCCCCUCCCGAGAAGGAUAUCUUGUGGGAUGUGAAGGCCGACGCCCUCCCCGGGGUGCUAAGAUGGCAACAGCGUCUGUGGGCCUUGGUGACCCGCUUCAUCGAGGCCAGGGCGUCUGGGACACUUCCCCGGCCCCAAGUGCUGAGUAACGAGGAGAGAGCCGAGGGCAGGAAGCUCUGGGAGCACAAGAACUCCGUCAUCUCUGAGGUGACCGCCCAUUUCACAGAGGACUUCUCACUGAACUCGGCAAUCUCUCAGCUGAUGGGAUUCAGCAAUGCCCUCCUGCAAGCCUCGCAGAGAGUCGUUCUCCACAGCCCCGAGUUCGAGGACGCUGUGUGUGCCCUGACCGUGAUGGCUGCCCCGAUGGCCCCUCACAUCACCUCGGAGCUCUGGGCAGGCCUGCAACAGGUGCCCGGGAAGCUGUGUGCCCACUAUGCCUGGGACGCCGGCGUGCUGCUUCAGGCGUGGCCGACCGUGGACCCGCAGUUCCUUCAGCAGCCCGACGUCGUGGAGAUGGCCGUCCUGAUCAACAACAAAGCCUGCGGCACAAUCCCCGUGCCCCAGCGAGUCUCGCGGGACCAGGACAAAGUCCACGAACUCGUCCUCCAAAGCGAGCUGGGUGUCAGGCUCUUGCAGGGGCGAAGCAUCAAGAAAGCGUUCCUCUCCCCCAGAACGGCCCUCAUCAACUUCCUGGUGCAGGACUGACGGCAGGGAGGAGGAAGGGGUAGGGGUAGGGGGGCGCUGGCCCAGGGUGGGGAAACGACGGAUGUCUUGAACGCUCACCCUCGUCCUCUGACGGACGGGUACGGGUGGCGAGCCUCUGUGGCGAGGCCUGGUGCAGGGGUGGGGAUGGGUGUGGGCAGAGCAGAAGGACUCUCGAAGGCGGAGGGGUGGGGCAGCCCCUGAAGGUGGAGGAAGCCAUCUGACCCCGCGCGAAGCCACCAGAGGUACGGCCGGGUGUCUGCAGGAAGGCGAGAAGAGAAGUGAGAACGCACGUGUGCCUCUCGAGCAGCCUGGGAGCUUCUGACCCCCAGAAACUGCACGGCCUUCGACACACCCCGGGAACGGGAGGGCGAACUGAGGACCCACGCACGGCAUUUGGGUCGUGUCCAAAUGCCCAGAUUGUGGCGUGGACGCUGCGGUCUUCAGAAGCCGCUAGGAGCCAGAAGGCAAGCGGGGCGGGUCCCUCUACAGGUGUCCCCGCCUCCUGGGGCGAAGCACCACUUCCUACCCUCUCUCGGGGUGUGACAUUUGCUGCGCAGUGAGGCGGGACCACGCCGGGUGGGACCUCAGAUGGAAGCAAUCGCGGCCCCGCGCGGUGUCUGCUCACGUGGGCCCCAGAUGCCGCCACCGCCGUCGACGUGGCCCCCGGAGCCCAUCGUGAGAAGCGCGAGCUCGCCGCGGAGGAGUGGCCCAGAGCCACCGGGUGUUGCCUUCUUGUUCAGGCCGCCACCGUCUGGCAGCCGGGGAGGCGGCUGGGGACGGACCCCUCUCGCCGGUGUCAUUAGGAUAACCGGGUCCUAUGUGAUGUCAGCAGUUGGGUGCUCUGAGCAGAAGUGGCCGAAGCCACUGAUUAACAUUUAAUGGGGAGGUGGAGCAGAAUCUCGCCGUUUUGUGAUCCUGAAAAUCUGUAUUUGUUUUCUGAUGCCAUUUUUCUGAGGUAACCUCAGAUGAGGUAGCCUGCAGUUGAACAGCUGACAGAUGACUUUUUUUUUUUCAACGUAAUAAAAUGUUUGUCAGUGUGCGACUUUGGGACAUAUGUGUGGUCUUGGAAUAGCCACCGCAUUCCAGUUCUAGGAGUUAAUCAGGAACAGACUGAGGUGUUCUAUCAUCGUCGGAAGCCUUGGCCGUAUGCCUGACUCCACGUGGAAAGUUCUAAAGUGAGGUACGUACAGGACUUACAGACAUGGCUGGCAACACUGAUUCAGAGAUACGAGUAACAAACAGCCGUUAAAGUUACUGGCUCUUGGAUGUGGCUCACCUGAACACCGUUUCUGGUCCCCGUUAAAUCAGAAAUUCUGAUUUAAGUGGUCUAAGGUGCACUUGGGCAUCAGGGAAUUUUAGAAGCUGCACGGGUGAUUCCUUUUUUAUGUGUUUUUUCAGUGUUUAUUUAUUUUUGAGACCGAGAGAGAGAGCAGGGGAGGGACAGAAAGAGAGGGAGACACAGAAUCAGGCUCCAGGCUCUGAGAUGUCAGCAGAGAGCCCGACGCGGGGCUCGAACUCACGAACCACGAGAUCAUGCCCUGAACCGAAGUCGGAGGCUUAACCGACUGAGCCACCCAGGUGCUCCUGCACGGGUGAUUCUAAUGGACAGCAAAGCCUGAGAACCACUGGAUUAAGUCGGUGGGUUUGAACCGUAAUAUUUAACUAGUUCCUCCUCUCCCUAUCUUCAGCUUCGCUGGGGUGAGUUUGGUGUAGGACCAAAACAUCUGGAGGAGGACAGCUGGGAAAGAAGGGGAAGCAGGGGCCAGAACUCUCCAGCAGGUACUUAAGAUGUUCCCGGAGCUGACUUGGGUAGACACAGCCCCAUUCCACAGACUAGCCCCUGUGGAUUAAAUAUAAGCAAGUGGAUGAAGAUAUUUAUUUGAUCCAGGGAGGGAGGAGUGAGUGGUUUUGGUUGCUUGUCCUGUUUGGCCCCAAAGUGAGCUGAGUGGCCUCGAACAACAAGAUACGGGUAGUGGGGGAAGGUCCUUUACCUGCACAUAAUCUGGCCAGAGCAGUGGGCCAUUAAAGCCUCAGGGCUGCUGCACUAACCACUGUGGCUUUGGAGAACUUUUUCUCCAAGAGGAUAAAUCUUUUGAAAACAAGAGCUCCCUCGGUACUCCUUGAGAUGGUUGGUAUAGAGGAAGAAAGGAACGAAAGGCUAAUCCCUGGGGGUAGGGAGGAGGGGUGGGGAAGCCUCUCAGGGCUCUCUUAACUGCCUCGAUGCAGGGACAGGUAGUGGCUGACUGUCCGAGAGCACGGUGUGGGGUCCACGGGGCUGGAGGCAGAAGUUGUUGCCAAGCCAGUGGGAGAGUCAGGCUCACGGGGCGAUGGCAGGGUUUUAUCUGUCAGGGGGCGGAGUGAAGAGAGUUUGUCCACAAGGAAAGCGGUGCCGGGAAGCCCCACGGCAGGUGCCACUACGGUAGGCACCUAGGUUUGCCAAGGAAAACGAAAUUGAUCUCGGAGACCCUAAAGCAACAGAUGAGCCGAGAAACGACUUAGACAUGCUUCGUCCCAACCUAAGUGACCCCCCCCACCCCGGGAGCUGGUUAAGGAAAAUUGGGUGCAGCCGGAGACAAAGCAUGGUUUAUAAAAGGACGUAAGGCCAAGGAUGUUUCUAAAAAACAUGUACGAUGAAAUUUUUCUCACGAAUAAAUCAGUAUACUUACGCGGUGUGAUCCUGACUGUGAUGUUUUUAAAUUCCCACCCUUACAAAGACCGAAGGAAAUUUGCCCGCAAAUCACUGGUUGAAGAGUCCUAC